GAAAAUUAGGAAGUUUAAGCCACCCACUUUACACAUAUCCAUUUAUUUAAAAAGAUUGUUUUCUGGAAUGAAUUUCACUUUGAACAGAGCGUCUUCGAGUAACUAGCUUCUGACGAAUAUAAUCUGAACAACAAAUUAUCAAGUAUUGAAUGAAAUGGCGAGUUAUUAUCACAGAAUCAGUAAUCGUCCUAUGUGCAAUGACACUAUCCCCGGUAGACUAUAUCAGUUCGCUAAAGCUAACCCAAACAAAGAGGCCAUUGUUUACUACGACACAAAAUUCCAACGAACAUCUAUAACACGAAAACAACUCUAUGAUGGAACAGAGCAGUUUGCUAAAGCCCUUGUCAAGCAAGGAAUCAAGAAAGGUGAUCGAAUUGCCCUCUGUGUAUCGAACUGUGUUGAGUGGAUGGUAUAUGACAGCGGUAUUAUGAUGGCAGGAGGGUGUUCGGUGAGACUCUGGGCCGGACAAGCUGAUUUCUUACCCAUGCUAGAAGAUUGUGUGGCAAUAAUUUUUGACUCAGACCCAACAUUUCACAGUAAAUUACUUAAGGUAGCAGAUGUUUUCGAAAAUGGUAAUGUAGUCAGUGAAGUUUUUCCAAAUCUACGUUUAGCCAUUAAUGUUUCGAAAACAAAAUCAUCGAUUAAAGGUUUAUGUUAUGAUAAGUUGAUAGAAAAGGUACAAAAUGAUAUAAGUAUCAUUCUUCCUCGCAUGGAGGCCGAAGAUAUCACAAUUAUUUCACAAACAUCUGGAACAACAGGAAAACCUAAGCGGGUUACUCAUAGCAGCUUUGAUAUCAUUAAUGCUUCGGAAGUUUAUUGUAAAGAACUUGGUUUAACUGAAAAUGAUGGAUUUUUCAAUGAACGUUAUUUUGGUUUUGGUGGGUCAUACCCUCUCUCAUUUAUAGCGACUGGGCUGAAAUAUGUCUCUGCAGAUAUAUGUAGCCUAAAUGCCCCAAAAGACUUCACCAAACUGAAUGAAAUCUUGAAAAAUGAAGGAUGCAAAAAGAUCGCUUUAAUGCCGUCAGAUUUACAUUUCUGUCCAGAAAAGGAAAAUAUGAUGGAUUUCGUUAUGAUAGCAGGUGACAUGACAUCCUUAGAUAAUAUAAAGCGUGGUUUAUCUUGGUCAACAUUAAUCGAUCAUUUUAUGGCCACUGCUGAAACUCUAAUAAUUGGUCAUAAGAGUUUCACGAAAGACAACGUUGAUAGUUAUGUUCCUGGAAUAAUUGGCCGACCAUUUCCAGAUAUGGAAGUAAAACUUGUGGAUGAUAAUAACACAAUUGUCGACAUCGGCGAAGAAGGUUAUUUAUGUGUGCGAGCUGUAUGGUGCUCAAAAGUGAAUGCUGACGGAGAAUCAAUUCUAGACAAAGGAUGGUUUAAGACAACAGAUAUUUGUAAAAUGACUGAGAAUAGGGAAAUAAUUUUGUACGGCAAAGACGUUGACUUCAUUACAAAGUCAGCUAGAAGAGUAUCAAUUAGAUUUGUUGAGCAGCGUAUGUUGCGUUACCCUGACGUUGACGACGUUGUUGUUGUCCCUGUACCAGAUGAAGUACAUGGGUCAAACAUUUGUGCUUGUCUAAUUAUGAAGCAUGGUACAAAAAUGCAUGAAGCCUCAAUGUUUCAAUUCUGCAACGAAAAUCUGCCUCAGCCAAAUAACUUUGACAACAUUUCGUCUACUCCAGAUUAUUUUCUAGAGUUUGACAAAUUUCCUAAACUUGGAAAUGGAAAAGUUGAUAGAUGUUCAAUGAAAAACUUAGCGAUUGAUCGUUUAAUCCAGAAACAAGGUCUCAAUCGUCCAUGUUUGAAAUCUCAAUGCAAAAUUGCCCAAUAAAAUGAAGAGCGUAGAGUUCAAUUUCAUCCGUUUCAUAUGUUUUGGAUAUAAAAAAAAUUCUAAUUAGGAAACAAAAUCUACAUUUAAUCAGGAAUAAAAAU